AUGAUUUGUUCCGAGAGUACAAACGAAUCGAAAUGCUUUGACGAAUAUGGCAGCAACCAUCUUUCCUCGAUCAUGGUGAGUCUUGAUCGGAAUGAUGAGAGCAGUUAUGCUCAUCCCAUGAGGAUGAUAGAAACCAUCUUGAAUGAAUUUUUACUCAGCAACGGCAGUUGCAGUACAUUCCGAACGAAGAAGAAGAAGAAGAAACAUGCUGGAGAACAACCACUGUGUGCAGUCAUUCUAUUAUGUAUCAUUAUUGUAUAUAUUAUAACAAUGGGAACGAUAUGGGAAAGAUUAUAUUCAUCAUCAUUAUUGUACAAUAACCCUUCAUCAUCCAUACAGAAUGAUAACUUUUUCAGAUUUGUUCAGGCUUCCGAUGAGAGCAUCAAAUCCGAAAAACUAAAUGUGGGAUUUAACUUUGCUGCUGAAGAAUCGGGAGCAAAGAUUUUGACAUCAAAUCCUGAAGCAAAGGUAAGGAUAUAUCCAAGUGUUGUCAUUGAGGAAGUAUUAUUUCUACAGAAAGUUUCAAGAAUUCUCAAUGAAGACUCAGACAAAUAUUGCCUAAUUCCUCGAACGGCACCUCAAAAGUGGAUCAUUGUGGAAUUGUCAGAGGAAAUUUUGAUGAAGAGUAUUGCUCUUGCAAAUUUUGAAUAUUACUCUUGCUCUUUUAAACAUUUUAAAGUGUAUGGAUCUGUAAAGUAUCCAUGCAAAGGACAAAAAUGUUGGGAACUUGUUGGAUCUUUUCAGGCUUCAAACAGUAGAAAAGUGCAAUCAUUUAUCUUUAAAAAACCAUCCAUUACAAGGUAUAUCAAGUUAGAAUUUUUGACUCAUUAUGGAGAGGCUGAAUAUUAUUGCACAUUGAGCUUAUUGCGAGUUCAUGGAUCUACCUUAUUGGAGGAUUUGAAAAAGUCUCUCCAGAAAUCAUCAAGUAGAAAAUCUCAUGAAUCAAGCACGACCGAUUCUGCUCCCCACACAGAAGAGGAUGCAAGUCUAAAACUUGAAACUAAACAUGAAGCUCACACAUCAGACAAUUUGGCAACCGCCAAAAUUAUUGCAGAUGCUAUCACAACUGGUGUUCAUGAUAUUCAAGCCAAUCUUACACAUUUCCAACAAGAAAACAAAACAGGAAGUCAAACUGAAAAUUUCGAGGAGCAAUUUGGAAAGCUUUUACAUGACGACAUUUCAGAUUUUUUGAAACAAUCUAUUGAUUCUUCAACGAUAGGUAUCACAAACAGAUCUAAAAACAAUUUUUGGACAGACCAGAUGAAAAAGAGAUUUAACAAAUAUAGAAUUUGCUUGUUAAAAGCGAUGCAAGACAAGAAACUUAUGGUGUCUCAAGAUGCUCCCAAAACUAGUAUCAUGACAACUGAACACUAUAUCAAUAGUACGAUUUUUGUUAAGAAUUAUUCGUCACCUUAUGUGAGACCUAUGGCCCAUCAGAAGCAACCCCUCUAUGCCAAGAGUAUAUCCAGAAAACAUGAAUCUCAGCCAAUUUGUCUAGCUCCACUAACAUUUUUGUGGUCAAAUAUUUCAUGUCCUUCGCUACUUCGUGCUAAUGCCUUGGAAAUCACACAAAAUAAAGUUUCUCAAUCUGUGAAUAAUUCUUCUGCUAAAUCAGCCGCUACCUUAACAAAGAUACCGGAUGAUGAUGACGACGACAUUGAUGAUGGAGAUGAUGACGAAGCGACUCAGGAUACUCUUUCACAAAUUAUUAACGAAAAGGAAAAUAUUCUCAAAUCACUAUUCAACGCAAUUAAGGUUCAUGGAGAAAACGAAGUGUUUUUAAGAAAUCAGAUAAAAAGUCUGGAGACUAGAUAUCUAAAAACAGUUCAAUAUAUUCAACAGGUACUUGAAAAGAAUGGAGAAGAUCACAAAACAUUAGCAAAUAGUUUUGUAGCGUUAUCUCAAAAGCAAAGAGAUUCAAUUGUGGCAGAGUUGGUAAGUGGUGAAUUAGAAUUUUGCUUUUUCUUUUAUUAA